GAUUUAAUGAGUUAUAAAUCCAGGGUUCUCAUAUUUUCAGGCAAUCUGCUUAUAAUGACAAUCCUUCUGCAAACUGUAAAUGCUAAAAUUAUUUGGCAGAAGCAAGGGUGUAUAGGCUUGGGGUGCACUCGGAUGGGUACACAUGCACCCUCCCGAUGAGGCAAGACCGAGUACCGACACUGGAAAACAAUACGAAAUUUAUACCCUUCUGCUUUCGAUACCUCCCCAAGAUGUGCACCCCGAGCAUCCCGAGCACCGGUACGGUACCCACCGGUACGCGGUAUCUUUAGGCUAUACGCUACACGACACUUCGGUAAUUGAAAUUGAUGACGGAGAACCGAAACGGAAAAUCAUGAUCGCAGUUCCUACAUUUAACAUUACUUUUGGUCCUGAGUCCUGAUUGAAGCAAUAUAUCUUGGAGACUGAAUAUGACAUAAGCACAUAUAUGGAAUCCAAGUUGAACUUCAAGUUAGAAUGAGAAGACUAGCCAAGUAUGGUGGAUGGGGAUUACCAUGAUCUACCCAGGCAGUUGAUUGCUGCCUGUGAGUGCGGGGACCUUGAUGCUGUCCAGCAGCUUCUGGAUGAUGAUGCAGCAGCCAUCGAGGUGGACUGUGAUGGGGGCGAAUGCUUCACCCCUCUCCAAAUCGCAGCAGCCAAUGGGCAUGAGAACGUUGUUCGUCUUUUGCUCAUGCGGGGUGCUGGACUAGAUACCCAGAAUAGCUAUGGCUGGACAGCCCUGAUGCAGGCAACCUACCAUGGAUUUACCAACAUCGUUGUCCUUCUCCUGCAGAACAAAGCCAAUCCUUCCAUACGGAACAAGAUGGGCGCGACAGCCUUGACACUCGCUGCUUUCAAAGGACACUCGGACAUCGUGAAUAUAUUCCUAGAUCUAUCGGGUGUUGACACCAACGAUCAAAGGACAGGUGAUAUCUAUGGACCUGUCUUGAAACCUACGUUGGCAGCCAUAAUGAAGGGUCAUCAAGCCAUUCUCCGCCAGCUCAUGAACAGGGGCGAUGACCAGUUCUUCACAGACCCAGGAACUGGUUGGACCUUGCUAAUGGUUGCGGCAUUGAGUGGACAUGUUUCUGCAGUGCAAUACUUGGUUGAUUCAGGAUGCAAUCCCAACGCCUUAAAUAUCAAUAACAUGACAGCAUGUGAUAUUUCUGUCUUGUGUAAAAACAAGAGAGCAAAGGAGUUCCUGGAAAAGAAGACUAUCAACAGACCAUCUGCAGGGGAUGAUAGUACAGAAUCUCAAAUCAUUGAAGCCACUGAACAAGGAGACCUGAAGCUUGUCCAGCGCAUUCUUGACAAGGACCCCAUGCAGAGCAACUACACUUCUGUAGAAGGUGCCACGCCCCUCAUGAUCGCCGCUAUGUUAGGCAGGAGGGACAUUGCCGAGACCUUGGUCCAGAGAGGAGCCGAGAUCAACCGUCAAGAUGUCAAGAGCGGAUGGACAGCCCUCAUGCAGGCCACAUUCCACAGGAGAAAAGAUGUAGUGAAGUACUUGAUCCAAGCUGGUGCUGAUCUCAACAUUCAGGCCCGGGACGGCUGCAAGGCCCUGGAUCUUGCUCUGGUCAUCGUAUCAGAUGAAACAGACAAAGUUGGCAGUGAAUUGACGCGUCUCCUAGCUCCUAUCACACUGCUCUCUGUUGGCAACGAUCAAACCACUCCAGAGGUCAAAGUUCAAGAGAACGGUCAGAUGUGGACGACGAGACUGAAUAGCGUAGACCAGAUGGAGGACCAGGAGGAUACCAAGCAGUCUGGUCUCAAGGCAUGGUGGUCUCGAAUGUCAAAUCGGUUCCGCAACCUGAAGCUGACUCGCACACUACGGGGAGGGCUCGGGUCAACCACGAAGCUCAUCCCCUUCCCGGACGAUACGGCCAGACCGGAUGAAACCCUGAAGAGCAUGGGCAGCAGUUCUUACGUCAAUGGAGGAGAACCUUCGCCAGUCAAAGAGGGCAGCAAACAUCAAAGAAGGAAAUCCAAGGAAGGGUCUCGUGUUUCUUUCUCAAAAGCAAGCACCAAACCCGAACCUGUUCAGCCAUUGGACAUGCAAGCACCUCAUUCCAAGAAUAAUGACAAACUACUCCCGGUAAUUCCACCCUUUCUACCUCCUCCGAGUUUUGAGCUUCACAAUGCUGACAAGUCAAGGAGGUCACACUCCAAAGCAAAGGGCAUGGGUCCUGGAAGGCCAAGCACGGCACUAUCGAGUAACACCACCAGCACCACCUCCACCGCCACCUCGACCACCAACACCAGUCGCAUGCCACGCCCCAUGUUUACCACCCGUAGGCCUGGAAGCACCGGCAUUAGCCCAUCCAACUCCGCCCAUUUCAGUAGCACCAUCAGCCCCAGUUCAUCAGGGGAGGCAUCCGCACUCAGCAGGGGUCUGCUAUCGGCAAGGAAGCAAGGACAUUCAUCAUCCUCUGGGGUUCUGUCCAGUCGGGUGCUUCAUGGGUCAACAACCAGCCGAGCAGGUGAUAGCUAUGGGUCUGUAGCUCCAGUAGAAGACCAACUUGGAACCAGGAAACGAUAUGCCUCAGCGUCAUCAGUUCCAUCUUUAGCACAGAUACCAUCCUCACCUCCUUCCCAGCCUAGCAACGAAUCGCACGCUCCCACCUCGAAUCCCCCGAACCGACGCCACUCCGCUAACCUCACUGCCGCAAACAUAGGCUCCAACUCAUCUGUUCAUCGUCCCAAGACCCGGUCCCACAGCGGCAGUGCAUCGACCCGCGGGAGCACCUCCUCCACGCUCACCCCAACCCCAUCCCCCAUUCCAAUGGGGAGGGGGAGGAUGAGCGGUGGAGGGUCCAGUCACAGUGGGGGAGGGGGAGGGAGUUCUGGGGGUGUCCAGAGGGAAGCAUUCCAAGGUGCCAGGAAGACCAGUGCUGGUAGUAGCAGCAUCAGUGAAGAAGAUGAAUUAUCAAGCCUGCUAAAGAAGCUAUCAUUAGAGAAAUAUGCACCGAUAUUUGAAGAACAAGAGGUUGACAUGGAAGCCUUUCUUGCUCUCAAUGACUCCGAUCUCAAGGAGAUGGGUAUCAGGCAUAAGGAACCUAGGAAUCAGAUACUUACAGCCAUUACCCAGAUGAACUCUGGGAAGCAUCAAGAUGACCAUGACAACUAUUCACCUUCUAUGACGAGGUAUGCCUUUCAGAGGUGAUUCAGAUCUUGAUAAGAGACCUCAGAAUCCUCAAAUGAAAUCUGGUGAGCAACAUGAUGUCCAUGACAGCUAUUCACCACUACAUGUAGGUCUGCAUUUUUUAGGUGAGUCAGACCUUGACAGACAACCAAUGAAACUAGGAAUCGGAUAGUCAUCGCUUAGAUUGACCCUGUUAAGUAACAAGAUGGCCGUGACAGGUAUUCACUUCUAGGUAUGCCUUUCAGAGGUGAUUCAGUCCUUGACAGAAAACCAAUGGAACUAGGAAACGGAUAGUCAUCGCUUAGAUUGACCCAGUUAAGUAACAAGAUGGCCAUAGAAGGUAUUCACCUCUAUGUAUGCCCUUAAGAGGUGAUUCAGACCUUGACAGACAACCAAUGGAACUAGGAAUCGGAUAGUCAUCGCUUAGAUUGACCCUGUUAAAUAACAAGAUGGCCAUGACAGGUAUUCACUUUUAGGUAUGCCUUUCAGAGGUGAUUCAGUCCUUGACAGACAACCAAUGGAACUAGGAAUCGAAUAGUCAUCGCUUAGAUUGACCCUGUUAUGUAACAAGAUGGCCAUGACAGGUAUUCACUUCUAGGUAUGCCUUUCUCAGGUGAUUCAGUCCUUGACAGACAACCAAUGGAACUAGGAAUCAAAUAGUCAUCGCUCAGAUGAACUCUGGUAAGCAACCCGAUGACCAUGACAAUUAUACAUCGCUAGGUAUUUCGUUCUGAUGUGGCUCAAACCUUGACAGAAAACCUCAAGACCUCAAAAUCCAUACAGUGUAGAUGAAACCUUGUAAGCGACAAGAUGGCCAUGAAAUCUUUUCACCCUCUAUGACUAGGUAUGACUCAAAGGUAAAUUAAAGAACCUCUGGGUCUCAAUUAUUAAAACACAUACAAAGUUAUUGUCAUUAGCAAAAUAGCAUUAAAUAUGUGUAUGUAGAAUAUUUGAAAUAAUUAAUUUAUUAAAAACUAAUUCGGUUUGGAUUCACAGGCCUACUUGACGAUAUCAUAUCCAAAGAACUUGUAUCUCAAACAUCCCACCAAAUAAGGUUUUGGACAAUUAGAAUUAUAAAUACUGCCUAACUGAAUGAGGCACAGGCAAUUUAAUUGUUCACUAUGCCCAUUUCAAUAUCACUCAUGGCGAGAGUGUUAUAACCCGUGAAUGUAUUAUCACCAGUCAUGUGCUAUCACCUUUAUUCAGCCUUUUUAAUGUCAUAUACAUAUUUCAUAAUGCUAGAACAUGGAAUAUUCAACACUUGAUUAGAGCAUAAUGUCUUUAACAAAAAUGGCUGAUCUAUUUUGCAAUAUCUACAAGGCUGAUUAGUGCUAUAUUAUUGUACUAUAGUUAAUGUAGUUUCAUAAACAGUGUUUAGAGGGAAGAAACACAAAUUUUACUUUAUUUAUUAUGCCAUUUGUAUUUUUAUGCUUCUGCCCACGGUAGGUGGUUGAUGAAAGUAAUGUUUUCGGGUUGUGUGUCUGUUAGGUCCUAACAGGUACAAAAGUUAAGAAUGUUGGAGCAGAAAUCGGUAAUAUCACCUUGAACAUCUUACACAAUGGGGCACAGGAUAUGUUUGCUUGAUAAUUGAUAAAGGAGUGCUAUUUCAAAUUGUCAAUGCUAUGCAAAUAUAUAACCAUUAAAAAACAGGGUCAAAGUAAAAUUUCCAAAACCAUUUUAUAUUGAAAAAAGGGAAAAUGUUAGAAGUAUUCAUAAUGAAGGUAUACAAACACUCGUAGUAUACAUGUAUGUAAUAUUCAAAUGACAUUCUGUGUCAUGGUACUGUAGUUAUUUAUUUAUUUAUUUUUUUCUAAUUUGCAGAGUUUAAGAUCUUGGUGCACACCUUGAAAAUAGUUGUGAAUAUCGGUAAUUUAAAUUUCAUCAAGAUAAUGUAAAUAAUGUGUGAUUUGUAAACAAAUACAUAAAUAAUGAUUGCCAUUGUUUGACAAGAAGGGGAUUUUAUUUUCUCUGGAUAAUGGAUUUGUGAGAUUCUUUUGUGUUAUGCAAGGUAAAAAUACAUUUUAUAUAGUUUUUAAAAGGCAAAGUCCACCCCCGCCAAAUUUAUUUGAUUAAUAUAAAUUAGGGAAUCAUCGUCACCAUCCACCUACAUUUUCUUUUUUUCUUAUUUUACUCUACAAAAUAUGAAAUACAUGUAUUUUAUUUUCUCCUCACUAAGAUGUAAAAAAAGUUUGAAUUUUACUUGGACAUGUUGAAUUGUUUUGUGAAAACUGUCUUAUUUGAUAUCCGAUUUCAAUGAAAUUUUCAGCACUAUACUUGUUUGAUUUUCUCUUUGCAUUCAAAUCACCUUUUCUUGGGCUAGACUUCCCCUUUGUGAUCUUAAAACUCUGUUUUUUUCCAACUUGAAAGCAACUCAAAUUAAGUAUGAAUGUGAAUUCUAAGCAACCUUAUAAAACCUUUUUGUUCUCGCUGUAAAAAUUAAGGAAUGAAUUGAUUGUGAAAUAAAGAUAUUGGCAUCCGCCACACACCACAAUACCCACCUGUGCCCCGAUUCCAAACAAGAAGAUAUCAAGCAUAGGAAAUGUGUUCCCUAAUAAAUUUUCUACAUCUACAAUGUACAUGUGAGUACAGAAGCAUGGUAAAUCCUUACCAUAACUCAUUGCAAUCUAAGCUACAAAUUAAAGCCCAUUUGGCUUUUCUCUUACCAACCCACAGGUUUGUAGUCAGUAUUGGUAUCAUAUUAAUUUGAAGAAUCUAGUAUGAAAUUUGUCUAGAGAUUUGUCAUAUAUUUUGUGGUGGACUGUAUAGACCACAUGUGUUAAUAUAAGAUACAUGUAAGAAUACAGAAUUAUAGGUGAUGAUGCUGUGGAUGUGUUAAGAAUAAAUUUUUCAUAAUUUUUUUUCCUUUUA